GGCGGCGUCGUGGCGGCCUCGCGGCCCUCGCCUAUAGCCCACGAGUCUUCCCUCUGGCAGAACCCUGGAUACGUAGACAACGUGGCUAUACGUGAGUCUAGACCCUGGCAUACACACCAGUGCUAUACAGCACCUAUUCGCUUCAAUCCCUCCUCUCACCGAGACUGACCGGACGCCAUCGACUUGGUCAUUAGUCCUCUGUUCCUUGCCUUCCGCCAUGGCGAGCAUUCUAUCCCAACAUUGCGAAGAACGCUUGGUCUUCCAGUUUCGCAUCGACAACCUCCGCGCGAUGUUCAACCUCGUCGAUACGGACUCGGGUGUUGACCAGUACGACACCGCCGCCUUCGGGCCAGGCUUUUUCUUCAGACUAUCCGCAUUCCAGAGCGAUCUCCACGGACCAUGCGCUGAUCUAGGUCUGUACGCGAACGACGACCUGCUGCAGCCUGUGCAUAUGGAAGUGACCAUCGAUGGACGUUCUCGGGACAACGAGUCUGCAUGGUUCUCCUUCCGGGAUAGCAGAGACGUUCUCACCGCAGGGAGCAUUUGCAUAUGGGAUAACAUCCUCUCUGCGGAAUUUAUGGACGGAUGCGUCCCCAUGAGACGCGACAAUGCAGUGGUGGUCAUGGCAGUGUUGAAGUUAACUCGCCUCGCACCACCGCCAGCAAGCGUAUCUAAGGAUGCGUUGGACCUCUUGCACAAGUCUCUCGAGAGCAAGGAGCUCCCGACCGUGCGCUGGACUGGUUUCUCCGCACGAAGACCCGACGGGACCUUGACGAAGCCGCUGAGCGUUUUUGCCCCACGAGACCUUCUUGUCUCGCCUUGCGAGGAGAUCGAACGUUCGUGGGAGGAGACGCUUUUGCUACUGGACGGCACACUGUACGAUCCUGAAAGUCUUCCGUUGGGGAUUGACAGUAGCGCGGUCGACGACCUCACCGCCUUCAGCGACUACGAAAGCGAUUACGACGACGACGAGGUCCCUUUUGAGCCAAUCCUCAGCAAACCAGACCCGCCAAAAAGUCACGACUCUCUGCCUACUGCAAUCGACUGGGAGGCAGAUAUCACCGAAGAGCCCAUAGUCCUGAUCGAUGAGGACGCUAUUGCAGCUACACCCAGCGAAGGAGGCAGUACUAUCUGCACCCUGACGGGUGAUGAUACGAAGCGAGGAGACAUUCUGUUGAGAAGCGUUGCACAUCGAACCUUGCAAGCCCUCAUUUACUACCUAUACACAGGGAUCGUCGUAUUUGCUCCUCUGAGUAGCGAUGGCAAGGAGGAACGGGACUCAUUCCUGGCCGACUACAAGAAGUCGUAUGCGAACAGACCAACGCCGUCGUCGUGCAAAGCACUGUACGAUGUGGCCGUCAAGCUCGGCCUCAAUGACCUGCAAAAGCGUGCCUUUGUUUUCUUGCGCCGGCAGCUCAGUGAGACGAACAUCAUUGACGAACUUUUCAGCCCAUUCACGUCGCGGCACGCGCCGGUCCGUGAGAUGGAGGUCGCCUUACUCGUACAACGCUGGAACAAACUGACGAAAGACUCCGCGUUCGAGCACAAGCUCGAGGAAAUGGCGCGCGGGGAGCGUCCCUAUGCUGCAUCGCUCGUCAUGCACAUCCUCCGCGCGGUGGCAGCUACCGAGUGCCGCGCUCCGCCCGCAUCCGAGGACCACAAGGAGUGGUGGGACGGCGCGGACAUUGACCACUCCGACAUCAGUGACGAGACCUACUCGUACCACUCGAGCGACUGCGAUGAGACUACGGAUGACGAUAUGGACUAUGAGGCGGAGACGGAGAACGACUUGGAACAGGUCGAGGAAGAAGCAAGUGAGGUCGAUGCAGCAAGGGGGAUGGAAAGGGCGUCGGCAGCACGAGCAGCGGAAGAGGCGGCAGCAGCACGAGCACUGACAGCGGAAGAGGCAGCGGCAGCACGAGCAGCGGAAGAGGAACCUGAAGAGCUCGAGACGGCUGCGAGAAGAGCAGAGAAAUCCGCGGGGGUGGCCCGUUCCAUGGCUUUAGGUCGGGAAGCACAUAUGAGGGCCCUUGAGUAUCGAGCGAUGGCAAAGGCUGUGGAGAAGGGGAGGGCCAGUGCGCAGGAAGAAGAGGAGGCAAGCGCAAGGAUGGAAAUGCAAAGGAAAGAGCCUGAGCGACCGAGGGGUUUGAUGGCAGAGGCGGCAGUGGCAGAGGAUCCAGAGCCAGUUACGCCAGGGCCAUUCAAGUUGCGCCAGAAGAGGGGGCGGGGGCGUCCCUGGUAAACGAAGUUUGUCCGACGCGUGGUAAAUGCAGAUACAAUAGACGGAGUGUUCAGCUACUGUUGCUGUCGAAUACACUGUAAGUCAGCAGCAA